GCCAUACACUGUGUCUCAAUUAUUAGAGGUUGUUUAAGCUUUCCGGAAGGCAAAAGGAAAACGUGUUUACAAGAAUGGAUCAAGAACAGCUUGUGUCUAUGGCAGCCUUGAAGUUCCAAAAUACCACAGAUUCUCCUGACUCUCCUUCGAUGAUGUUCAACUCAUCAGACUGGCAACUAGUUUAUGCCAUCAUCCCCCCAUAUAUCUUUAUUGUGUGUUUGACAGGGAUCUUGGGCAAUGCUUUUGUGCUAUUAGUGUUCUUCCUGCAGAGAAGCCGCUGGUCUGUGCCUGAGAUUUAUCUGGGCAACCUGGCUCUAGCUGACCUGGUUCUCCUGACCUGCCUACCAUUCUGGGCCAUGAACAUUCUCAACUCCUUCUACUGGGCAUAUGGAGAGUUCCUAUGUAAGGCUGUUAGCCUCUCCAUCAUUGUCAACAUGUACACUAGCAUUUAUAUGCUAGUGAUGGUGAACGUAGACCGGUACCUCGCACUAGUGCUGACCAUCAAAGCAAGAUGGCUAAGGAGGAGACGCAACGCAAAAGCCAUUUGUGUUUGUUUGUGGCUGUUUGGGCUGUGCAUGGGCAUAACCACUGCAAUGUACAGGACAGUGCAGUAUGUCCAGUCUUUGCAGAAUGUGGCCUGCAUUAUUAUUUACCCUUCUGACUCCUGGAAAGUGGCCCAUGACCUCCAGCUGAACCUGCUGGGCUUUGCCUUGCCUCUCCUAGCUAUCAUCUUCUGUAGCUAUAGCAUUGUGAAGGCGCUUCAGCAAAGGAGAGAGACUGUUCAUGCACAAGACGGAAAUGACCAGAAGGCCACCAUGCUGGUGUGUGCUGUCACCCUAUUGUUCCUUGUGUGCUGGGGUCCAUUCCACAUAAUAACCUUCCUAGAUGUACUUUGUAGUUUCCAAGUCUUGGACAUGAGGAAGUGGCACCAUGCCUUGGACAUCGGAUCACAGUUUUCCACAUACUUAGCAUUUCUGAACAGCUGCCUUAAUCCAGUGUUGUAUGUGUGCACAGGCCACUACUUCAAGAGGAAAGUCAGUGACAUCUAUAGAAGGAGAAAAAGUUCUGCUAGUUCCCUGGUUACCACCCUGCAGCGUUCUGUGGUGUCAACCUAUGUCCAACGGAGUGAUCAGAUAAAAGCAGUCACACUGUAGAACCUAACCUAGAGUACAAGUAUGUUGCUAUAUAUGGCUAUAAAAAAAGUAAUAUUGUACUGCCAUAAUGUGUAUCAUAUUUAAAGAGGAUCCAUAAACAAACUGUAAUGGUAUGACACACAAAAAGAAAAAAAUGUUUGUCAGCAAUCGUGCCUUGUAUAGUUUGGACAUUCUCAAGAUGUUAUAUGCAUCUGAAAUUUUAUUUGUAAGAUGUGUAAACAGUUACCCUUCUCUGUAGCUACAGUCAUGCUGUUUAUUGUUAAACCCAUACUAGACUCAUAACAUACCAGACAUUAGUGUUUAUGGAAGAUUAAGCUAUGUUAAAAUUACUUUAAAAUUAAGGUUGAGGCAUGGAUUAACUUUUCUCCAAAAAAACAAUAAUAAUUUUUAAAAUUUGUAAACUGUAAAAAAAAGAAAAGAAAUUAUUUGUGAGAAAUAAUUUUUUGAAUUAUUUUAAACAUUUUAAAAAUCUGCAAUUUGUUUGUUCUGCAAAUAAUAAAGGUCAGUUUCAUAAAGGUAUAGACGUUAUAUUCCUUAAUAACUUGUCUUUGACCAAAAUCUCACAAAUGGGACAUAAAGAGUAGUUUAAUACUUUUCCACUAGCUUUUCAAGUUUAAGUAGGGAGAGUUUGUGUCAGUGUAACCAAAUAAACGGAAUUAAUAUUAUAUUAAUCUCUGUCUGUUUGAACUGAUGAAUUCGCGGAAUUGCAUUAAAUAAUG